UCAGGGUGGUAGAGAUGCCGUAUGCGUACCAGUGCUGUGUCUACGGGUCAUGUGAUAGCUAUAAGUCCAUCAGCCAAUGGGAGACUGAGCAGAGCAAUGAGGAGGAGGAGCUAGACCAGAGGACCGUUACCCUAUACCCCAUCCACACAGACACACACUGUAAGAACACACACACACAGCACACGCACACAGUCAGGGCAGGGUAACAGGGUAACGGGGUCACAGGGUAACAGGGUCACAGGGUAACGGGGUAACAGGGUCACAGGGUAACAGGGUCACAGGGUAACAGGGUCACAGGGUCACAGGGUCACAGGGUAACGGGGUCACAGGGUCACAGGGUAACGGGGUCACAGGGUCACAGGGUCACAGGGUAACAGCUGCUGUUUCUAAUGUGUCAGAGCCCUACUUAACCACAGAUACCUGGCACGGCAACAAGACUCCAGUAUCUUAUCCAUAGACUCCAGUAUCUUAUCCAUAGACUCCAGUAUCUUAUCUAUAGACUCCAGUAUCUUAUCUAUAGACUCCAGUAUCUUAUCCAUAGACUCCAGUAUCUUAUCCGUAGACUCCAGUAUCUUAUCCAUAGACUCCAGUAUCUUAUCCGUAGACUCCAGUAUCUUAUCCAUAGACUCCAGUAUCUUAUCCAUAGACUCCAGUAUCUUAUCUAUAGACUCCAGUAUCUUAUCUAUAGACUCCAGUAUCUUAUCUAUAGACUCCAGUAUUUUAUCCAUAGACUCCAGUAUCUUAUCCAUAGACUCCAGUAUCUUAUCUAUAGACUCCAGUAUCUUAUCUAUAGACUCCAGUAUCUUAUCCAUAGACUCCAGUAUCUUAUCCAUAGACUCCAGUAUCUUAUCUAUAGACUCCAGUAUCUUAUCUAUAGACUCCAGUAUCUUAUCCAUAGACUCCAGUAUCUUAUCCAUAGACUCCAGUAUCUUAUCCGUAGACUCCAGUAUCUUAUCCGUAGACUCCAGUAUCUUAUCCAUAGACUCCAGUAUCUUAUCCAUAGACUCCAGUAUCUUAUCUAUAGACUCCAGUAUCUUAUCCAUAGACUCCAGUAUCUUAUCCGUAGACUCCAGUAUCUUAUCCAUAGACUCCAGUAUCUUAUCCAUAGACUCCAGUGUUUUCCCAGCUUUCCUCCUGUGAGAAACCUUCUCUCUAAUAACAAUUCAACAGGUAGAUAGAUAGACCAUAAAACCUUCAUGUCAAAUGAAACAUUAGCCAAUAGAAUGUAACCAAUGGCCCUGUUCAACAGACACAGAGGCUUUAUCAAAAGACAACAAGACUACAGACCAUGAUCAGGGGGAAAUUAGUUAUAAAACACUUUAGUCUGAUUUAUCAAAAUACCUUCCGGAAUCAUAUCAAAUACCUUUUUUUGCUGUUCACAUCAGUUCCCCUGCUGACUAGACAGACUGAACGGAGCUCCACAAACACACACCUCAGUGUCUGUCUGACUUGUCUGUUCUGUUGUUGUUGUUGUUGUUGUUGAUUCAGAUGACCCGGACCCGGAGAACCUCCAGCUGGAGAUACAGGAAUCUAAAGGACAGACCAAUGUCCAGUGCACUCCUGUACCAGGUACACACCCCACUUAUACAGGCUUCUCCUCUACCAGGUACACACCCCACUUAUACAGGCUUCUCCUGUACCAGGUACACACCCCACUACCAGGUACACACCCCACUACCAAGUACACACCCCACUACCAGGUACACACCCCACUACCAGGUACACACCCCACUACCAGGUACACACCCCACUACCAAGUACACACCCCACUACCAGGUACACACCCCACUACCAGGUACACACCCCACUUAUACAGGCUUCUCCUGUACCAGGUACACACCCCACUACCAGGUACACACCCCACUACCAGGUACACACCCCACUUAUACAGGCUUCUCCUGUACCAGGUACACACCCCACUACCAGGUACACACCCCACUACCAGGUACACACCCCACUACCAGGUACACACCCCACUACCAGGUACACACCCCACUUAUACAGGCUUCUGUUUACCUCAACAUUCACAUGGACAUUAGCCUUGCUUUUACAAUGACUUGGAUGGAUGUGGAUCAAGUGUUGAAUGUGUGUAUUGUUAAAUACAGUGCAUUCGGAAAGUAUUCAGACCACCUUGACUUUUUCCACAUUUUGUUACGUUACAGCCUUAUUCUGAAUUGGCUUAAAUCAUUUUUUUCCCCCUCAUCAUACUACACACAAGUAAGUAUUCAGACCCUUUGCUAUGAGACUCGAAAUUAAGCUCAGGUGCAUCCUGUUUCCAUUGAUCAUCCUUGAGAUAUUUCUACAACUUGAUUGGAGUCCACCUGUGGUAAAUUCAAUUGAUUGGACAUGAUUUGGAAAGGCACACACCUGUCAAUAUAAGGUCCCACAGUUGACAUUGCAUGUCAGAGCAAAAACCAAGUCAUGAGGUCAAGACAGGAUUGUGUCGAGCACAGAUAUGGGGCAGUGUACCAAAACAUGUCUGCAGCAUAGAAGGUCCCCAAGAACACAUUGGCCUCCAUCAUUCUUAAAUGGAAGAAGUUUGGAACCAGCAAGACUCUUCCUAGAGCUGGCCGCCCGGCCAAACUGAGCAAUUUGGGGAGAAGGGCCUUGGUCAGGGAGGUGAUCAAGAACCUGAUGGUCACUCUGACAGAGCUCCAGAGUUCCUCUAUGGAGAUGGGAGAACCUUCCAGAAGAACAACCAUCUCUGCAGCACUCCACCAAAUCAGGCCUUUAUGGUAGAAUGGCCAGACGGAAGCCACUCCUCAGUAAAAGGCACAUGACAGCCCACUUGGAGUUUGCCAAAAGGCACCGAAAGGACUCUCAGACCAUGAGAAACAAGAUUCUCUGGUCUGAUGAAACCAAGAUUGAACUCUUUGGCCUGAAUGCCAAGCGUGACGUCUGGAGGAAACCUGGCACCAUCCCUACGGUGAAGCAUGGUGGUGGCAGCAUCAUGCUGUGGGGAUGUUUUUCAGCGGCAGGAUGUUUUUCAGCUGGCCGCGACCGGGAGACCCAUGGGGCGGCGCACAAUUGGCCCAGCGUCGUCCAGGGUAGGGGAGGGAAUGGCCGGCAGGGAUGUAGCUCAGUUGGUAGAGCAUGGCGUUUGCAACCCCAGGGUUGUGGGUUCGAUUGCCACGGGGGGUAUGAAUAAAAAAAAUAAAAAAUAAAAAUGUAUGCACUCACUAACUGUAAGUCGCUCUGGAUAAGAGCAUCUGCUAAAUGACUAAAAUGUAAAUGUGAAAUGAGACUAGUCAGGAUCGAGGGAAAGAUGAACAGAGCAAAGUACAGAGCGUAUCCUUGAUGGAAAUCUGUUCCAGAGCGCUCAAGACCUCAGACUGGGGCGAAGGUUCACCUUCCAACAGGACAACAGCCCUAAGCACACAGCCAAGACAACGCCGGAGUGGCUUCGGGACAAGUCUCUGAAUGUCCUUGAGUGGCUCAGCCAGAGCCCGGACUUGAACCCGAUCGAACAUCUCUGGAGAGACCUGAAAAUAGCUGUGCAGCGAUGCUCCCCAUCCAACCUGACAGAGCUUGAGAGGAUUUGCAGAGAAGAAUGGGAGAAACUCCCCAAAUACAGGUGUUUAUUUAUUUUUAUUUUAUUUCACCUUUAUUUAACCAGGUAAGCCAGUUGAGAACAAGUUCUCAUUUACAACUGCGACCUGGCCAAGAUAAAGCAAAGCAGUGUGAUAAAAACAACAACACAGAGUUACAUAUGGGGUAAAACAAAACAAAGUCAAAAAUACAACAGAAAAAAUAUAUAUAUACAGUGUGUGCAAAUGUAGCAAGUUAUGGAGGUAAGGCAAUAAAUAGGCUAUAGUGCAAAAUAAUUACAAUUAGUAUUAACACUGGAAUGAUUGAUGUGCAAGAGAUGAUGUGCAAAUAGAGAUACCGGGGUACAAAAGAGCAAAAUAAAUAACAAUAUAGGGAUGAGGUAGUUGGGCGGGCUAAUUUCAGAUGGGCUGUGUACAGGUGCAGUGAUCGGUAAGGUGCUCUGACAACUGAUGCUUAAAGUUAGUGAGGGAGGUAAGAGUCUCUAGCUUCAGAGAUUUUUGCAAUUUGUUCCAGUCAUUGGCAGCAGAGAACUGGAAGGAAUGGCGGCCAAAGGAGGUGUGCCAAGCUUGUAGCGUCAUACCCAAGAAGACUUGAGGUUGUAAUCGCUGCCAAAAGGUGCUUCAACAAAGUACUGAGUAAAGGGUCUGAAUACUUAUGUAAAUGUGAUGUUUCCAGAUUUUUUUUAAUACAUUUGCUAAAAUGUCUAAAAAGCUGUUUUUGCUUUGUCAUUAUGGGGUAUUGUGUGUAGAUUAUUGAGGGAAAAACAAUUUAAUCCAUUGUAGAAUAAGGCUGUAACGUAACAAAAUGUGUAAAAAGUCAAGGGGUCUGAAUACUUUCCGAAUGCACUGUAUUGUUAAAGUAAGUCUCUCUCACCUUCUCUCGUCCGCCCAGGUCCAUUCCGGCCAUGUGACUCCCUGCUAGGCAGCUGGUUGGUCCGUGUGGGUCUAUGGUGCAUCUCCAUCGUGUCUCUAUUGGGGAACUCUCUCUUGCUGCUGUCGCUCUUCGGUUCGGCGGGCUAUCUCUCACCGCUUCGGUUCACCACCGCCUGCAUGGGCGCUGCCAACCUCCUCACCGGCGUAUGCACAUGCACGCUCGCCCUCGUGGACGCCCUCACGCUGGGAGAGUUUGGUCGUCACGGCGCCCGCUGGGAGUCGGGUCCCGGUUGCCAGGCGACGGGGUGGGUGUGGGUGUUUGCGUCCGAGGCGAGUGUUCUGCUGUUGACCCUGGCGGCCGUGCAGUGUAGCGUGAGCGUGACGUGCACACGGGCCUACGGGAAGGCGCCCUCACACGGGAGCGCCCGUACGUGCGCGCUCUUCUGCCUCACCCUCUCUCUCACCCUGGCGUCCCUCCCUCUGGUCAAUGUGGGGGAGUACGGUUCCUCCCCUCUCUGCCUGCCCUCCCCCCUGCAUCCCCCCUCCCCCCACCCUCCCUCCCAUCUAGGCUUCCCCCUCUCUCUGAUCAUGAUGAAUACUCUGUGUCUGCUGAUAGUGACAGCCUCAUACAUCCGUAUGUACUGGGAGCUGCUGAGAGGAGAGUGUGAGGGGCUGUGGGACUGCAGCAUGAUUAAACACAUCAUCUGGUUGAUCUUCAUCAACAGUCUCCUCUACAUCCCAGUAGCCUUCCUGUCUCUCUGCUCCCUGCUGGGGCUGCUUUCUCUGGGGGAGGAGGUGCUGAAGUCUGUCUUGCUCCUCCUCCAACCCCUCCCCUCCUGCCUCAACCCCCUCCUCUUCCUCCUCUUCACCCGAGACCACACCCACUUCUUGUUCUGGCCACAUCCCAAGGCACGCCCCCAGUUACACCGGGACCGCACGCUUGAAGACUCGCUGGUCUCCGUGGACACGGAGAAGAGC